AUGUCGAAAACAUUCACUAUUAAAUUAGUUAAUGAUUUAGAUUCAUUGUAUCAAUCUAAAGAUAAUAGUUAUGAUACUAUUAUUACAGUUGAUACAGAUUUAAAUAGGCAACAGAUCUUUGCACAUUCAAAUAUUUUACGUGCUAGAUCAACUUAUUUUCAAAAUGCUUUAUCCAAAAAUUGGGCUAAAAAAGAAAAUCAAUUUUUUAUUUUAUCACAACCUUAUAUUAGUGCAUUAAUAUUUAAUAUUAUUCUCAAGUAUCUAUAUUGUGCAAUUAUUGAAUUGAACAAUUUAGAUAUUGAUACGAUUUUGAAACUCUUAGUUGCUGUUAAUGAGUUGUCAAUUGAAGAACUUAUCGAUUUUAUACAAGAUUAUUUAAUUGGUAAUGAUUUUUUAGAAAUGCAAUCAU